AUGGGUGUUCCUUCAUUCUUUCGCUGGAUAUCGAGAAAAUAUCCAAAAAUUAUCUCUCCUGUUAUUGAAGAAACGCCAGAUGUUGUAGAAGGCGUGAAGUUGCCCAUCAACUACUCAUCUCCUAAUCCAAAUGGAGAAUUGGAUAACUUGUAUCUAGAUAUGAAUGGUAUUGUUCAUCCCUGCUCUCAUCCGGAGAAUAAGCCAGCACCAGAAUCUGAAGAUGAGAUGCUCUUGGCUGUUUUUGAAUAUACAAAUAGGGUUUUAAACAUGGCUAGGCCCAGGAAAGUUUUAAUGAUUGCCGUUGAUGGUGUUGCUCCAAGAGCUAAAAUGAACCAGCAACGUGCUCGUAGGUUUAGAAGUGCUCGUGAUGCUAAGAUUGCACAUGAAGAAAAGACACGUAUUUUGGCAGAGCGGGAAGCAUAUGGAGAGCAGAUAGAUGAAGCUAUAAAAUCUAAAGUAGCAUGGGAUUCCAAUGCAAUUACUCCAGGAACGCCGUUUAUGGAGAAACUUGCAGCAUCAUUGAGGUUUUGGACUGCUUUUAAGCUUGCUACAGAUCCCGGAUGGAAAAACCUCCAAGUUAUAAUUAGUGACGCUACAGUCCCGGGAGAAGGAGAACAUAAAAUUAUGAAUUUUAUUAGGUCCCAAAGGUCUGACAGUGAAUACAAUCCUAAUACUACACACUGUAUCUAUGGUCUAGACGCUGAUUUGAUCUUUUUAGGAUUGGCUACACACGAACCACACUUCCGUAUCCUUCGUGAAGAUGUUUUCGCCAGGGAUAACCAAAGAAGGCCUAGAGCUAGGGAAAUGCUGACUAUGUCGGAGGAUCAAAAGCAGAUGCUAGCUGACCAGGACGCUGAAAAACCAUUUUUAUGGUUGCAUGUUAAUGUACUUCGAGAAUAUCUUUCUGCUGAGCUGUACGUUCAGCGGAUGCCUUUCCCGUUCGAUUUGGAGCGUGCAAUUGACGACUGGGUAUUUAUGUGUUUUUUCUGUGGUAAUGAUUUCUUGCCUCACUUACCUUCCCUAGAUGUCAGAGAGAAUAGUAUUGAUAUUCUUGUUGAAAUUUGGAAGAAUCUCGUACCAUCUUUGAAAACUUAUCUGACGUGCGAUGGGAUCCUCAAUCUUGCUGGUGUGGAGAAACUGCUCGAGCAGCUUGGCAGACGCGAACCCGAACUUUUCAAACGGAAACAUGAGCAAGAGAUUCGAAAGACAGACGCUCAGCAGCGAAGACGAAUGCUGAAAAGCAACCCUAAUGUAACGCAUAAUACUGUUGAUAGGAACUUCACAGCACCGCUAGCAAGUAUGCCAAUUUACGAUGUUAAUGGCAAUGCUGCAGAGGGAUCACUCAACCUAAAUAACAAGGACUUAGCUAAUAUGCGUAAGGAAUGGAACCUUGCGAAUGAGGGUGACGUUAAUAGCAUGAAUGCCCUUAAACGUAAGAGUGAAGAAAAAACAAAAGCUCGUGCUCCAGAAUUUUCUCCAGAUGAAUUGAAGACUGCUGUCGAGGUUUCAACGCAAGGUAAUGCCUCCGCUGCUCUUUCACUCCAGGAGCGUAUCCGGGCAAAGAAGCGUAAACUUGCUGAAGAUGCUGCCCAAGAAUCUCAAGACUCUACAAAUACCGAUAGCACCGCAAUUGUACCUGAUGACCAGUCCGCAGUGGCUGAUACCCAAUCGGACAAAAUAGAACCAUCGAAACAAACUUUGAAUAAAUCUUCUUUAAUGCCUCCAGCUGUGUCUGGCUUCCUGGAUACUGCUGCUGACGUUCGUUUCCACGAGGCUGGUUACCAUGAAAGAUACUACCAUGCAAAAUUCCACAUACCAACAGAUGAAAUUGAUGCAUUGCGGAAGAAACUUGCCCGCCAUUAUAUUGAGGGUGUUUGCUGGGUCCUUCUGUAUUAUUACCAGGGCUGUGCUUCCUGGACAUGGUACUAUCCUUACCAUUAUGCUCCUUUCGCAGCUGACUUCACUGACAUCUCAACUCUGGAAAUCAGCUUUGAGAAGGGUGAGCCUUUCCUUCCAUUCGAGCAACUUUUGAGUGUUCUACCUGCCGCAUCAAGUCACGCUCUGCCUCCGGUCUUCCGUGGCAUGAUGUCAGAUCCAGACUCUGAAAUUAUUGAUUUUUACCCUGAAGACUUCCCAAUUGACAUGAAUGGUGAAAAAAUGUCAUGGAAGGGGUUACCACUACUUCCUUUCAUUGACGAGAACAGGCUGCGCGAGGCUGUGGCACGCAGGUAUCCUUUGCUGACACCUGAGGAGCGUGCGCGGAAUGUUAAACGCGAUGACGUUCUUCUCAUCAGCAAUAAAAACGUUCACUAUGAAACAUUCAUCUCUACGAUCUACAACAGUAGUUCAAGCGGUGCCAGUAGCAGUGGAAGCGCAACUAGCAGCGCUGCUAGUAACGCCAACGCCGAAAAUUCUACCGAGGCCCAAAAAACUAGCCCAGCUGUUGUCCAUUUCCGUCACUUUAAGAGUGGUCUCUGUGGGAAAGUUUCAGCAGACAUCGAGGGAUUCCGGCCUAACAGUAAAAUAACCUGUCCUAUUGAUAAUGGGAACCUACCUGAUAUCAGUACAAAUCUGUUUCUAAAAAUCUGUUACGAAAUGCCCUACGUUGAACCAAAUAGUAGUAAGGCGUUAUUACUUAAUGGUUUUAUUCCGCCUCAGGCCCAACUUUCGGUAGCAGAUCGUGAAGCAGUUCUUUACAAAUAUCCACAAAGAUGGAAUAGUCAACUGAUGAAGAACAACAUCGUGCCAGUCGGACCAGCGGCUGCAACUCAGUAUUUACCUAGGCUCGGCGGCUAUCGCGCUUUUGUCUUGCACCAGCAGAUGAUGCAGAACGGGCGAAUGUAUAGGGUUACCCGCACAUGA